AUGACUGAAGAACUUCAUAUUGAAACCGAGAAUCCGUCACAUUUAUUUUGGGUCCCUGCUCAUUUACAUCCAGAAAUUGCUCCCAAUGAAUUUAUGAAAUGGUUAAAAACUCACGCAAAAGAAGGUUUCAGUUCUGAUUUAAAAGAUUUAUCAAAGUCUAAAUUGGAAUCGUAUGAAUUAGCAUAUGAUGGAAAUAUUAGCACAGCAAGCGAAACCAACAAACUGAAUCUUCUAAGGAGAAGUAUAAGUUUAAAUAUACCAAAUAUGAUGGGAUCGAAUUUUGAUCCAAGUGAUCCAAACAUAUUUGACAGACACUCCUCACCUGAUGUUGAUUCGCCCAUUCUAGUACCAAGAAUGAUGCCAGCUCUUAAACGUGCUGCCCGUACCAAACUUCGUAGAAAUUCAGUUGCCGGUGAACAAAAUCCAAGAAGAUUUUCUUAUCAUCGAAGAACAAAGUCAACUCAUUCUCCUUCCAAUAAAAAUAACAGUAGUAAUAAUAUUCAGCAACAUGCAGAUUUAUUAAAUGUUCCAAAAAUUUCUGUAACAGAUUCACCAUCACAACUUUCUCAAUCAAUUGAAAAUUUAAUUAUUGAAGAUAUUGAACCAAUUAAAAACGAGACUAUUAUUGAACUUGAUUGUAUAGAUGUGAAAGAUGGUUCAGGACCUAUAAGAAUCACAUUAAAAGACGACGAAACCAAAUUAUCAUCAUCAUUACCAUCGCUUUCAUCGAAUAAAAGAUCAAAUUCAUUACCAGUUGAUGCUCUUGGUGUUUCGCAAGAAAAUCGUACACCAGAAACUCGUAGACCUUUGGCAGAAAAAUUAAAACUACGCGUUAAUACAUUAUCAAAUAAAUUAAAUAGCGUCACAUCAAAAUCAUCUUCACCUACAUCAUUAUCACCUAUAUCACCUAUAUCCCCACUAUCUCCACUUUCACCUAUAUUACUAUCAGAAUCAGCUUCUCCUUCUUCAGCGGCCACUACACCCAUAUUAACCACUUCUACACCCGCCGUCACCACCACCGCCGCCACAACUUCUACACCAUCAUCAUCAUCUACCACGACUUCUCCAACAACUUCACCAUCUAUUGCUACUGUUACAUCUACUAGCUCAACGAAAAGAUCUUCUGCCUGGAGUUACCUUUUACCUUGGUCAUCUAAUUCUGACGAAUCUAAAAAUAAAAAGCAAAAAUCCGAUAAAUUUGUUGAAAAAUCCGAUAUUGACAAUCGCAUGCUUAGUGUUGUUGAUAAUAAUAAUAAUGUUUCGGUUCGCGCAAUUUAUCGAUUGUCACAUAUUAAAUUGGCAAAUCCUCGUCGUCCACUGCACGAGCAAGUCUUGAUAUCUAAUAUGAUGUUCUGGUAUUUGUCAUUGAUUAACAAACAACAAAUGGAACAUGGUGAAAACAAUAACCCAAAUGUUCAACAUGCACAAAAAGAAACAUUGAAGGCUAAAAGUAAAAUGGGUAAGUCGAUUGGAGAAAGAAAAAGAAGAAAAGCAGACAAAAAAGCUGCAGCCGAGGCGAGACGUCGAGGUGGUGGUAGUAAUGCUGAGAUAGCAUACAAAGCACCACAAUAUGAUAUGCUACAGUUUUCACAACAAUUCAUCACUCCACCAAUGUCGCCCGUUCAAUAUUCAUCAUCACCCUAUACCAACGAAAAUGAAUAUUCAGAUGUGAACAACGGUAAUGGCAAUGGUAAUAAUGAUGCCAUUGAUGAAAACGAAGAUGUCGAAGGUCGUCAACCUCCUUCUAAUCAAUAUCAUCAUUUUAGAGACUCAUAUGUAUCUGAUGGUACAGAUGGUGGAUAUCUCGAGGAAGCGGAAGCAGGCGUAGGAAAUGUAGGAGGAAGUGAUAUAGGGGACAACAAUUUAUUAGUAUCAAGACCUCGGUCUUCUGGUACAGAUACCUUAAAUCCUUAUAAACAUAAUAAUACCGAUACCCAAAUUGGUGAUGAAGAUGAUGAUGUCCCAUUAGGACUUUUUCAUAAUAAUUCAACUCCUACUACUAAAUAA